GACGUUUCAGAAUUUCUGUUUUCUGUUCUCUUUGGAUCUAUCAUCAUCCAUUUUGGACGUGGUUCCAAGCGUUUGGUGAAAGAAAACUGCUUUGAUCAUGGGUCACGCAAAUAUUUGGUAUUCUCACCCCCGUAAAUACGGUCAGGGAUCUCGUUCAUGCCGAGCAUGCUCCAAUCGACAUGGUCUUAUUCGCAAAUAUGGCCUAAACAUUUGCAGACAGUGCUUUAGAGAAUAUGCACAUGACAUUGGAUUUAAGAAGCUGGACUAAAUGAUCACUUUAGGCUAAUAAAAUAAAUAUUCAUAAAA